UGGCGGCGGCAGCGGUGGCUGCAGCCGGGACCCCAGUCGGGCUGAGGCGGAGGAGCCGCCGGCUCUGACCUCGCUCUGGCUCCGGUGCGCGCGGCGCAGCGUGUGCGAGGCCCCGCGCGUCGGGCAGGGGCGGCGCCGGCGGCUGUGCGCCGCCCUGAGGAGCGCUCCGGCAGCGGCGCUGCUGCGGCUGAAGAGAGAGCCGGCUCCGGGCCUCCGCGUCCUCCUGCUCCCCGGGCCCCCCGCCUCCUCGGGGGGGCGGCGGCGGCGAUGUUCUCGGUCCUCUCGUACGGGCGGCUGGUGGCCCGCGCCGUCCUCGGCGGCCUCUCGCAGACCGACCCCAGGGCCGGUGGCGGCGGCGGCGGUGACUACGGGCUGGUGACGGCCGGCUGCGGCUUCGGCAAAGACUUCCGUAAGGGCCUUCUCAAGAAGGGCGCGUGCUACGGGGACGACGCGUGCUUCGUGGCCCGGCACCGCUCAGCAGACGUGCUCGGGGUUGCUGAUGGUGUAGGAGGAUGGAGAGACUAUGGAGUUGAUCCAUCUCAGUUCUCAGGGACUUUAAUGCGGACGUGUGAACGGUUAGUAAAAGAAGGACGGUUCGUCCCAAGUAAUCCCAUUGGAAUCCUCACCACGAGCUACUGUGAGUUGCUGCAAAAUAAAGUACCCUUGCUUGGUAGCAGUACUGCCUGCAUUGUGGUGCUGGACAGAACUAGCCACCGCUUACACACAGCAAACCUGGGCGAUUCGGGCUUCCUGGUUGUCAGGGGUGGUGAAGUUGUGCACCGAUCAGAUGAGCAGCAGCAUUACUUCAACACUCCAUUCCAGCUCUCAAUUGCACCACCUGAAGCCGAGGGAGUCGUCCUGAGUGACAGCCCGGAUGCUGCUGAUAGCACAUCUUUUGAUGUCCAGUUAGGAGACAUUAUCCUGACGGCAACAGAUGGACUUUUUGACAACAUGCCUGAUUAUAUGAUCCUUCAGGAGCUAAAAAAGUUAAAGAAUUCAAAUUAUGAGAGUAUACAACAGACGGCAAGAAGCAUUGCUGAGCAAGCCCAUGAGCUGGCCUAUGACCCAAAUUAUAUGUCACCUUUUGCACAGUUUGCAUGUGACAAUGGAUUGAAUGUGAGAGGUGGAAAGCCAGAUGACAUCACCGUCCUUCUUUCAAUAGUGGCUGAGUAUACAGACUGACCCGCCUAGGUGUCAACUCCGGCCUUUCCUUUCAUCUUCCCAAGUUCUCCCCUGCCACAUGUGCUGAUCCUGCCGGCGGGACCGUGUUUCUUUGCCACUGAUCUCGAUGGCCGGUGAUGUAAGCCUUUGCCUGUCUUUUUGAGACCCGGUUGAGAUCUUUGUGGAGAACCACUACUGUCGUUUGUUCGCUAGCUCAUUAUCUGCCAGCAACUUUGAAGAGAAUCAAGAUUUGAAGAUAGGCCUUCACUUCCUACUGUCCUUUCUCCGAUGGGAUGGAGGUUUUCAAGGCCAAAAUGGCUAUUGCGUUUCCAAAAUGGUUUAGGCAUUGAAAAUGAUGAUGUUGGUAACGUGAAUUCAAAAUUACAGCGUGUAAAAGGGAUUUUUAAAGUCUAACACAAAUUGUAUGUUAUGGUACAUCUACUAGAAACAUACAUUAUCAUCAAAAGAAACGUUACACACGUACUAUACAGUCUUUGUUAUGAUGAUUGGGUGUGGCUUUAUGUUUUCAUUAUAAACUCCUCUUUUUCAGGGGCUUAUAAUUCUGCUCUAAAACACUGCUCUGGAUUAUGAAGUCUUUAUCCCAGGAGCUUUUUUGUUACAAAUUGGAAGAAAACUUCAGUUUAGUUCUAUGGAUGCAAAUGUUCUGUGGUUUUUAAAAGAUGCCUAAUUGUACUCCUGUAAGGAAAGUUUCGGCAGUUUAUUGAGUGGUCCAAAUCGUAGGCUGGUGGCCUGAUCUGCAGGAGGGGUGAGGGAGACUCCCUACCAACAUUUUUCAAUGGAAAUAUUAUUCAAUAUUGUAAACUCCUCAAAGCCUAGAAAUUUAAUGUUGUGGAUGAAGUUCCUCCCAGCUGUCAGAUACGAUGCCCCUGUGUGGGAGUCCCGGGGCCACAGGCCUCACAGUGGACAGCUGUAACUUUGAAUUUUAUUGGCUUUUACAGUUGUGCUACUCCUGGUCUCCCUGUCAGACCUGUCAUUAGUAGCCUUGCUCUCCGUAGAGCGUGCACCACAUUCGGGGAGUCUGUGUGGAAAGAGCACCUUGGGCGAUGGCAACAGCACAAGAGUCCACAGGGAAAACUCCUGGUGAUGAUCUGACAUUUGCAUUUGCCCUACACAGAAAUUUAGGGGUUUCUGAAUCAAGCUUAAUGUUUACAGUUUCCGAAUAGCCAUCUUGCAGUGUAUAGUUUCCUUAUAAAACUACCCCGCAUUCAGUUUUCCCUUUAUCUGCAAGCCCAGACUUAUUUUUAAGAUUUGUGUACAAGUCGACUGCUGUAAAGAUAUAUAUUUUUGGGUCAGUUUUUUUUCCUUCAUUA